CAAUUGCUCGCUAAUAUUUUCUUUCGAUGGUUUCGUAACGAUAUAACCCUGCAUGGCCUGCAUGAUAUUAUCUUAAAUUAUAAUUGCAACUGGUUGAAGCUCUUGUUCUGUAAUAUAAUGUCGGCGCUCAUCAAACUGCGUCACAUGCCUGUGAUGCAACGAUGUCUGUGGAAUCAUGUAAACAAGGUUACACGCACCAUUUCAACGUCCAAGAAGAAUAGCGAAACAGCCACGGCUACCGCCGCCUGCGAAACCAAACCUCAAGACAAAAACUGGGUGAGCUAUGGAUUUGAUUAUGAAAAUAAAGAUGAUGAUACGAGUGCUCACCACGCGUCCUACUUCUUCACGAUCACCUUAUGUUUAGUCUUCGGUGGUUUCGCUUGGGCUUACGCUCCUGAUGUAAGUUUGAGAGAUUGGGCUCAGCGAGAGGCCUUCUUGGAGUUACGCCGCCGUGAGAAAGCUGGUCUUCCGCCUGUUGACCCCAACUAUGUUGAUCCAAAGAAAGUGAAACUGCCGAGUGAUGAAGAUCUAAAUGGUGUUGAGAUUAUCAUUUAAGUGUUAUUAAUGUAUAUUUAGUUUUUGAAUUUCAAUAAUAUUUUAUGUAGCAAAGGUUAGACAAUAGGCAAUAUCUUUUUUUAAUUUCUUUUUAUGUUGAACUAAGGAUAAUUUUGUAA